AUGUCGUCAGGGCGGCGCUGUGACCGGCCAGUGGGCGGCAUGGCGCUGAGCUCCAGGUCCAGCCGCGGGUUCCGAGAAGUGCUCAUGGUCUGGGGCCGCAGCCAGAACCUGUCCACCCAGGGGCAGUUCAUCCUGCUGGGCUUCCCGGGGCCACGGGGCCUACAGGUUGGGCUCUUCCUGCUGUUCCUGGUCAUGUACGCGCUCACGGUGGCUGGGAACCUGGCCAUCAUCACGCUGGUCAGGGCGCACCGGCACCUGCAGACGCCCAUGUACUUCUUCCUCUGCAACCUCUCCUUCCUGGAGAUCUGGUUCACCACGGCCUGCGUGCCCAAGACCCUGGCCACCUUCGCCUCGCAGAGCGGAGCCAUCUCCUUCGCCGGCUGUGUGGCACAGAUGUACUUCGUCUUCUCGCUGGGCUGCACCGAGUACUUCCUGCUGGCGGCCAUGGCCUACGACCGCUACCUGGCCAUCUGUCUGCCACUGCGCUACGGCAGCAUCAUGACGCCCAGCCUCUCUGCCCACCUUGCCCUGGGCUCCUGGCUGUGCGGCUUCUCUGCCAUCACAGUGCCAGCCGCCCUCAUCACCCGCCUCUCCUUCUGUGGCUCCCGCAUCAUCAACCACUUCUUCUGCGACAUCGCGCCCUGGAUUGUGCUGUCCUGCAGCGACAGGCGGCCAGUGGAGCUGGCGUCCUUUGGCAUCGCCUUCUGCGUCAUCCUGGGCUCCUGCUUCAUCACGCUGGUCUCCUACGCCUACAUCAUCGUCACCAUCGUCGGGAUCCCCUCGGCCCAGGGUCGGGGCAGGGCCUUCUCCACCUGCUCCUCCCACCUCACAGUGGUCCUCAUCUGGUACGGCUCCACCGUCUUCCUGCAUGUGAGGACCUCGGUGGAGAGCUCGCUGGACCUGACCAAGGCCAUCACCGUGCUCAACACCAUCAUCACCCCGGUGCUGAACCCCUUCAUCUACACCCUGAGGAAUAAGGAUGUCAAGGAGGCUCUGCGGAGGUGGGUGUGGGGGAAGUGGGCCCCUGGGGACCACUCUGCACAGCUGAAAAUGGCACUCUGAUGUCACCAAGUGCAGGAGGGACCACUGGGCAGUCCAAGGAGGCAGCCCCCAUCCCAGCCUGGGAGUUUCUGUUCUUCUCACAGGCCUUGCCAAGUAGUGCUUCAGCCCCUGGGGUUUCAGACACAGAUCCUGGAAGAGAAAUGGGGACACACAGUCCCCCAGAAGCACCACGUGUACAUACAGACACCCACCGCCCACAAGUACUAGGGGUGGGACCAGCCUGUGAGUCCCCGCCUUGGUCUGGGCCUUGGAGGGGCUGAUGGCUGUCGUUAGUGAAAAAUUGGCUGUCCUGUACCUCAGACUUCUUCCCAACGCCGAUACCUGCAGCCUCCUGAGCUGUCCCUCCAGGCGGCCAGAGGAGGUUAUCCACAGAGGGGAGAACUCAGAGGAACAGGGUGUAAACCUCUAGGAAAGCCCAGCAGCCUGUGGGCUGUUUGGGAUCAGUGUGUGGGUUUGGGAGCCUCAGAACACAGACACCAGGGCUCACACCCUCCUGGAGUCUGGGAUCUACUGGCCUCAGAGGGAGGGGGCUGGGUGCGUUUUGUGAGUGGCUAAGUCCCGGGAGGCCCUCGGGGGUCCAGAGCCUCUGUGAGGGGCCAAAACUGGCCCAGCAGCCCACCCUGACUUAUUCUUGGAGCAGCAUGCAUGGAGUUGGAAACCAUCUCUGAAGCUGUGUGUGUGGGUUUAACCCUCUCCAGCAUGACUUGGGCAAGUCACAAAACCAC